CAACUAGUACCAGAAGAGACCUGUAGGAAUUGGUGUAUGUUAACGGAUAAUCCAUUUUUCUAAUCUUAUUUUCAACUAUUGACAAUUAAGCAUCACGUAUUUUUCCAGAUAAAAGAAUCUGUCGUUUAGGACUUAAAACAGAGUGAAUAAUUUGGGGACCUUUUCAUUUUCUUACUUGAAUUGUCCUUUUUUUAAGAUCAGAGUUUGGAAGUUGACCCUUUUUCAUUUUUUUUUUGUUGUGUCAGCAACCUGUAUUUGCCUCUUUUUUCUGAUCAAAUUAAGAAAUAUGGAUUGCACGACGAGUCUUUUGACACAAUCUACUAUAUAAACUGUCAGAGUUAUGACAAAGCUUGGAACUAAUCAAGAAUUCAUUUGUUUAAUGCUCUCUAUCUAAUAUAACUUCAGAUGAGAACAAAAUCAUUGCCAUCUUCACUGGAUCAUUCUUAUCUCUCCAAAAGAUGUUCGAUGCGACGAUCUCAAAGUGUCUGCGGCUUACAUACAUGUUCUUCGGUAAUCUAUAUUCCAUCGCGGCACCAUCAGAUAACGCGAGAUGAGUUCGUUCGAUGGUACUUGGAGUUAUCCUUCUCAGCUAGAGUGGUGAUUUAUAUUACAGUUUUGGGGACUAUAAUGACGAUUACUUAUUUGGUAUUGAAAUUCCUGAGCGAAUGUGACAUGGAGGAUGACACAGAGAGGCUACUACCAUUGAUGGCAGAAGAAGAGGUCCACACCGUUUGGACGCCGUUGAUCAACGAGUCUUCGGAGGUAACCGGGAAGGGAGAUGUAGAAACAGCGUCGUUUAGCUCGUCGGAUGAUGUGGACUACUCGACAUUGUGUGUUAUAUGUUUCGAGGAACGUAGAAACUGUUUCUUUGUACCGUGCGGUCACUCUGCCACUUGUCGUGGCUGUGCUCAAAAGAUCUUGUCGGAAGAAAAUAAGGUGUGUCCGAUUUGCCGAAGGGUAAUACGCAAGUCUAAGAGAUUAGUGUUGAAGAAGCUUUGAACGCCGUUUGCUUUUCCUAAUCACCAUUUUGCGAACUCAUGUUUUCCAAGAAACGACACUAGUUAAAAGAAAGAUCGAGUUUUGGUGUCAUCACAAGACUCUAAUUCCAUACAAUCUGUAACUUUAACAAUGCAUUCUAUAACAACAACAAAAACAAAGACAAAGAUGACUCCAUGCC